AUGGAAAUGAAGUUAAGUUGGGUUGACAAAAGUUUCAGUUGGACGAAUGGCGUGCCAUACACCAGAACUAGAGCGUCUAUGGGUUUUUUGAGGGAACAUUACAGGUUUGUUUCGUUGUACGUUGGUGACGUGAAGUCUGAUUUCGACCUGUCACAGUGUGAUUAUUUUUAUGUGACUAACUUGAUGGUAAAGUUUUGGGAGAUAAAUACUGUACACUCUAUAUAUGCCCUUUCAGGUUCCGUCCGGAAUGAAGUCGGAAGGACAUGA